CUGGAUUUUUCAAUUAUGGUGACAAUGUUUAUGUGCAAUAGCAUUGAUGCAGUUUCAGAUCGAGAUUUUGUGCUGGAGCUUCUUUCUGCUAAUUCCAUCACUGCCGUCCAUCUCUCUCGCCUGGGCGAAGAAUGGGUAUUAUGGGCAUCUGAAGAAUUUGGCUUCUUGACCCCUAGUGAUUCUGUUUCCACUGGAAGCAGUAUAAUGCCUCAAAAGAAGAACCCAGACCCAAUGGAGCUUGUUCGUGGAAAAUCUGCUAGAGUCAUAGGGGACUUAGUUACACUUCUUGUGUUGUGCAAGGGACUUCCUCAUGCGUACAACCGGGAUUUGCAGGAAGAUAAGGAGCCCGUAUUUGACAGUGUCAAGACAAUAGUUGGGAUGCUCGAGGUCUCAGCAGAGUUUGCACAGAAUGUUGCCUUUAACCGAGAGAGAAUACAAAAGGCUCUACCGGCUGGUCAUCUUGAUGCCACUACACUAGCUGAUUACCUUGUGAAAAAGGGAAUACCUUUCAGAACUUCUCAUGACAUAGUUGGGAGGUCUGUCGCUUUGUGUGUUUCCAGAAACUGCGAGCUUCAAGACCUUAGCCUUGACGAGUUGAACAGUCUAAGUCCGGUAUUUGACAAGGAUGUCUACGAGUUUCUGGGGGUUGAAAAUUCAAUAAAGAAAUUCAGAUCAUAUGGCUCCACUGGUUCAGAAUGCGUUGCUGGUCAGCUUGAUUACUGGAUUGAUAAGCUUAAUAUCAGCAGAGAGAGUUAAUUUUGGAGAGCUCGUCGCAGCUUGUAAGAAUUUUGGAGGCCUUGGUCGAAGAGCGAUCAUAGCUACUGUUUCCCUAACAGAAUUUUGUAAUCUCACUAGAGAUGUAUUUAUGUGAUUAUCUUUCACUUGAAAUACUAGUAAUUGAGAGCAAGCAAAAAGAAUAUUGAAUUAUUGGAAAUCAGUAGAGAUAUAAAAAGAAAGUAGAAUUUUAUUACCGUA